AGCAGGUCACGUGGUGCCGGGCAUCAAGCUGCGCGCACCGGUGCGACGUCAACGCAGCCCGCUAAGCUUCCCCCCCGACCUGCCUACCGCGGCUGGGCCGCGGCUGAGACCCCCGUGGGCCCGGGUCCGGCCGUUUGCUGAGUACCUUCGCGGCCGCCAUGGACAACUCCGGGAAAGAAGCGGAGGCGAUGGCGCUGCUGGCCGAGGCGGAGCGCAAAGUGAAGAACUCGCAGUCCUUCUUCUCGGGCCUGUUUGGGGGCUCAUCCAAAAUAGAGGAGGCCUGUGAGAUCUAUACCCGAGCAGCAAACAUGUUCAAGAUGGCCAAAAACUGGAGCGCUGCCGGAAAUGCGUUCUGCCAGGCGGCCCAGCUGCACCUGCAGCUCCAGAGCAAACACGACGCGGCCACCUGCUUUGUGGACGCCGGCAAUGCGUUCAAGAAGGCUGACCCCCAAGAGGCCAUUAACUGUUUGAUGAGAGCAAUCGAGAUCUACACGGACAUGGGCCGGUUCACGAUCGCAGCCAAGCACCACAUCUCCAUCGCCGAGAUCUACGAGACGGAGCUGGUGGACAUCGAGAAGGCCAUCGCCCACUACGAGCAGUCUGCGGACUACUACAAAGGGGAGGAGUCCAACAGCUCAGCCAACAAGUGCCUGCUGAAGGUGGCUGGCUACGCGGCGCAGCUGGAGCAGUAUCAGAAGGCCAUUGACAUUUAUGAGCAGGUGGGAACCAACGCCAUGGAUAGCCCCCUCCUCAAGUACAGCGCCAAGGACUACUUCUUCAAGGCGGCCCUCUGCCACUUCUGCAUCGACAUGCUCAAUGCCAAGCUCGCUGUCCAGAAGUACGAGGAACUGUUCCCCGCGUUCUCUGGGUCCCGGGAGUGCACGCUGAUGAAAAAAUUGCUAGAUGCCCACGAGGAACAGAACAUUGACAGUUACACGGAAGCGGUGAAGGAGUACGACUCCAUCUCGCGGCUGGACCAGUGGCUCACCACCAUGCUGCUUCGCAUCAAGAAGACGAUCCAGGGUGAUGAGGAGGACCUGCGCUAAGCCCCCCGGCCCCCUGGCACCUGUCCUCCUGCCCCGUCUUCUCUACCCCUGCGCCCCUCCAGCGCGCGAGCCCAGAGACAUGGGGCCGAGACCUCCCCUCCCAUCCCGCCGAGGAGUCUCCCGAAGCCGCGGGGUGGGCUCGCGCUGCCAUGGGGUCCCCGAGGCCGGGCCUGCCGGCCGGACAGCCCCCAUCUGUCGCCACUGCAUCCCUCACCUCCUGCCCAGUUAUUUAAGGCCUCCCCCUGCAAAGGUGCCCUCCUCCACCCCAAACCACAGAUUCUUUGACACAGGUCUGUUUGCUGUGGGUGCCGCCAGGGAUGGGGGGUCAGCAUCUGGUCCCCCAGCUCCUGACCAGCUGGGUCGCAAGGCUGGCCUCUGCCUUUCCCACUCGUUCUCUAGCCGAGCCCUGAGCACACGUAGCCGCUGAGAUUUGCGCUCCCGCGGGGGCGGGCCCUCCCCCCCCCCCCCAGUGCUGGGAGCCCCCACAGCUUCCUACAGCCCUGACCUCUCAGGAUAGACGUGGGCCCUGGAGCUCAGAGGGCCCCCCGUGCCCCUUUCCCCCCAACAUCUGCACCUUUCCUAGUGCUUUGAGGUUUUUUGGUCGGAAGCUGCAGCUGGCCCGAGAAAGAAAAUAAAAAAGAACACUUCGCAUGA